AUGGAUGAAGUGUUAGAGUGCUCUGUAAAUCCCCAAUUCUCUCACCUUAGCUGCCAGACUCUUGUGCGAACUUGGCUGCUCCUUCAGGAUCUCUGGUGGAAUCAAGGACUACUUUGUGAAGAAUUCUGUCGUUGGUGAUUCCUAGUUCUUCGGUACUUGUCUUGGCUUGUUGGAGAAACCAGGAAGCCCAUUGAAAUUGGAGAGUCGUUCUGAGAGUUCAGUUGAUGGUGGACAGGGGGUUGGAGAUGGGGAGGAUUUUUAGAUGUUUGAUGGUUAAAGGAGGCUUCAGGUAUUUUGGGAGUUAAUAUAACUUAUCUCCCCUAAGAAGGUACUCAAAGACUUCUUUAGACUUAACAAUGCCAAGAUCCAUCCCCAACCUCACCUCUUGCCCUUCCAUAAUCACAUUGACAACAGCUACUUGGUUCCUUUCCACUCCUCAUUAGACUCUUUGC